UGUGUCACGUUUUAAAGAGGCUUUAUAUAUGGCAACUAUAGAGGAUUUUGUACCACAUAUCAUAAAGAGCGCCUCCGUCACUCCCAAUCCCUCUUCUGUGACACCAAUAAUUGCCAGUAACGCCGACACGAACAACUGCACUUUUACUUCUGUCCUGGAAUCGUCUUCUAUCACGGCUGUUGCUAAAGCUUUGGAGGCAUCAAGCUUUAUAACUUCUACUUCUAGUGCUUCCACUGUAGAUUCUAUCGUUGAUAAACUCGUCAAUUCUUUGGAUCUGAACGACCCUCUUCUAUCGAACAACUGUAACCCAAUAGCAAAGGAUUUGAAAAGCAUUUCGUCUCGGUCGUCGUCGGUUGCCGGCAGCUUGACAUUGGGCGGGCUGGGCGGCGGAAAUAUGUUUAGCGAAGUCUUCGAAAGCAACGUGGGCUCAGAGCUGGAAUCUGGCUCCUUAGAAGACUCUUCGGGUUCCUUGUGUGAAGGCGAUGUGGACAAGAAUUGUAAAAUUUGCAGUUCUCGUUUGCAAUCGCCUCGUGUUUUAUCAUGUCUUCAUGUAUUUUGCGAAUCUUGCCUUUGCAAGUUGUUGAACGAAGACUCGUCGGGUGGAAAUAUUUCAUCAUCAUCUUCAACAUCUUCGAUUGGAGGAGACCUUGUGCCACUCCAUAACUCAUCUGGAAAAUCGCAGAUUAAGUGUCCCAUAUGCAAGCAAAUAACUCUGGUUGGUCCGAAGGGUGUACAAUCUCUAACAUGCGACUAUAUACUAACUAAUAUAUUGGACUUGGCCACCAUUGAGUCGGAACAAUUGCAUUGCACUUCUUGCAAGAGCAAGGAGAAUGCAAUUUCCCGUUGCAAUGAUUGUGCCAAUUUCUUGUGCAGCGGAUGUGACAAUGCCCAUAAGUAUAUGCGUUGUUUUGAAAAUCAUGAAGUGGUCAAAUUAGAGGACUUGCAAAAAACUUCGGAUGGCGAUAAACCCUUAAUUAUACACAAACCCUUGUACUGUAAUGUACACACAUCUGAGAAUCUCAAGUAUUAUUGCUUCAAUUGUCAAAUACCGGUUUGCAAUGACUGUUUGAUUGCCGAUCACAAGGGUAGCGAGCAUCACUACGAUAUCAUAGCGUUGGCUGAGAAAUCUGUCCGCGGUGAUGUUGAGAAUCUUAUAAAGGAGGCCAAAUCAAAGGUGCAAUAUUGCGAUGAUGCAGACGCAAAUUUAUCUAGCGCUCUUAACGAGCUACAAUCUCAACAUGACGCGGCACGUGAUCUCAUUCAAGAAACAUAUGAGAAUUACAAAAAAAUCAUAGAGAAAUGCCGCGACCAAGCAUUGGUUGAACUGAAGAAGCUGCACUCCGAACGAGUUUUGAAGAUAAUGGAUCUGAUGCAAAACAUCCAAAAUACUAUGGGUAAAAUAGAUAACACUUGCAAAUUUACGAAUCGUGUUCUUGAACAAGCAAAUGCUGCAGAGUUUCUGUCAAUGAAAAAACUAAUUGCAACUCAAUUUAUUAAUAUGAUAAAUACCACACCAAAGUGCGACAUUAACUAUUCGUUGACGUUCGACACUAAACCUGAAAAGUUCGAACAACUUGCGCAAGAGACUUUUGGCAAAUUUCGUACAGAAUCGACUCCACCUUCGCCAAAAGAAAGCACCCCACCACCAACUUUGCCCGGCAUGCCACCGAAUAUGAUGAACGGCCGUAUUGGUAGUGGCGGAAAUGGCAGCAUGAAUUGCUCCAACAGCUCCCAGAGCCAAUUAACCAGUUCGGUUACGGCCAGCAGUCCAAUAUCUUUGCCAACUUCCAUGCAAAGUUCAUUUGAUGGUGACAUCUACGCAAGCGCUUUGAGCGGCGGCUUCAUGAUGUCUAACGUACUUACUCCGGAUUCACCGACCCAAAGUCAAUCAGGGAUGGCCCACAAUCACCAUCAACUACAACACCAGAACAGCACUUCGUCACAUCACAGCAGUGUAAAUGGGUUCAAUAGUAUUGGAUCCAUUGGCACUGGUAAUGGCAACACAUUAAACAACAAUUUGUCAAAUUCGUCUCCGGGCUUCAAUGGAUCUCUCGGCAGUCAGCUGGGUUCUGGACCUGGUGCUUCAUUGAUGGGUUCUCAAGGCCUAAAUGGCUUAAAUAAUGCGGGACCUUCGACUGGACUAAAUGCUCUAAACAAUCCACUCAAUAAUAGUUUAACUGCUGCCCUAAAUGGUCCUUUGGGCGGAAAUACUGGAGUUGCUGCUGUGCCACCACCAGGAGGUUAUAAUAGUAUUCUGGAAUACAAUUUAUCACGUCUUGCCAGUCUCACAGAAAACACGCCAGAUUCUCUUACGGAUGCCCUAGUGGGUUCGCCAAGUGGCCCUACUCCGCAAUCAGUAGUACCAGCUGCCAAUGCACAAAAUCAAACCAUUAUCCUUGCCGACAUUCUCUCCGGUGAUCAACGAGCUUUUAAUAAUUUGCAAGCUCUUGCAAAACUAGGCUUGAACAACAACGAUUUUCACACAGACUUGACAAGCAAUCAGCUAUUAACGAGUGGACCCUCACCAACCGGAUUUGAUUGUUUAUUACCAGAUUACUGCCUACCCACAGCACCGUCGCCAAGUUUACCAAAUUUGCCUCCAUUAUGUCCAGGCGCUGGGGCUGGUGGUUCCGUCGACGAUAUGAGCAUAAGCAGUUUCCAUGCUCCACAACAACCCCAGCCAAAUACGACCAGUAUAAUAACAGGUCGCAAUAAGGCAACUCCAAUGCAAAUACGUUGCAAGUUUGGCUCAUUGGGAACGUCUAAGGGACAGUUUAAUUCUCCACACGGUUUUUGUUUGGGUGUUGAUGAGGAAAUUAUUGUAGCCGAUACUAAUAACCAUCGCAUUGAGAUCUUUGAUAAAUCUGGCAAUUUGAAGUUUUAUUUCGGCGUGCCCGGAAAAGAGGAGGGACAACUGUGGUACCCUCGCAAAGUUGCCGUUAUGCACACCAAUGGCAAAUUCGUGGUUUGUGAUCGUGGCAAUGAACGUUCUCGAAUGCAGAUUUUCUCGAAAAGUGGUCAUUUUAUGAGGAAAAUCGCUAUAAGGUAUAUUGACAUCGUUGCCGGUUUAGCCGUCACAUCUAAGGGCCACAUUGUCGCCGUUGACAGUGUUUCUCCCACAGUGUUUGUCAUUUCGGAAGAUGGAGAAUUGGUGCGCUGGUUUGAUUGCAGCGAUUAUAUGCGCGAACCGUCAGAUAUCGCAAUCAGAGAUAAUGACUUCUAUGUUUGUGACUUUAAGGGUCAUUGCGUAGCGGUCUUCCAUGAAGAUGGUACAUUCCAGUAUCGUAUCGGAAAUGAGAAAGUUACCUGUUUUCCAAACGGAAUUGAUAUUUCCAAUGCUGGUGACAUUUUGAUUGGUGAUUCUCAUGGCAACCGUUUUCAUGUUGCCUGCUAUUCACGCGAUGGUGUCCUUCAGUCCGAAUUUGAGUGUCCACAUGUCAAGGUUUCGCGUUGCUGUGGCUUGAAAAUUACUUCAGAAGGAUAUGUUGUGACACUGGCUAAAAAUAAUCAUCAUGUUUUAGUGCUUAACACAUUAUACGUUCAGUGAUUGCAAAAAAAGAGAACUCUCAAUGUGAGAACUGAUUUGUUAACCUAUGGAAAAACUGCAACUGCAAGUAAAUCUCACCAGCAGCAGCAACAACAAAAUCCGCAGUCACAGCAAUCGCAACUACAUCAAC